AUGCAGACUGCAGCCUUGGUGGGCAUAAUAUCCGCCCUGGCUCUGGCUCUGGCUGUUCCACUGAAGGAAGAUGGAAAGAAGAAGGAGAAGCACAGAUCUGCCACUUAUGACAGCCUGGAUUUAGGCAACUAUGACCUCAACCUGGACAACUAUGGAGAGGUCAUCGAUCUCAGUAACUAUGAAGAGAACUACGAUUAUGGGGACCUGGCAUCAAAGGUACUAUAGAAUUGCCACUGAAAUGUGAGGUCUGCUAUUCAGCAGAUUGUUUGUCCUGCUCAGAAUCGCAGCUUUAAGUGCCUCCCAAUAAUUUAGCUGUCCCCAAUAUUCAUACUCUGCCUUUCUAACAACCCACUAACUCUUGCCAGAUGGUUGUGUAUAUAGUGUACAUAUGCAAAGUGGUGUAUUCCGCUUGCAGAAUUUGGAUUACCCUCAGGCCAAAUCACAAUUCUGGGUGUACAGUGUGGGUGUACACUUGUAUGUAGACAUAGUCACCCUGUGCAGAGGCAUCAGCUUCUCAGGUUUUACCACCUUACCUCAGGAGCUCAACUGUCGGCAGCAAUUUCAAUUAGCUAUGCACAUCUCUUCUACUGUCUCCCACACUUACAUUGUUAGCUGCAAUAGAUUGUACUCUCUAUAAAUCCUUCACCAACGCUUUUGUCGGGGCAGUUCAUAGGCAGCCAUAAAUAUGCUUAAGGAGACCGAAGUCUUAAAGAGCAACUGCAUGCCACGGCAAUAGGAAUGGGGAGAUCCAGAUCAGGACCAUAGUAUGCUGGGAGGGGGACCUUCUCCUCCCCUGCCACAGCACCAACAAAAACAACACCAAAGGGAGAUUCCCUCCAAUUGCAACCAAGAGGGGGAUUCGGAGACUGCAGGAAAGGAGGGUUAAGAUCUCAAAUUCUCCACAUGCCACUGUUCUUUUCCAAUUCUAUCACCCUCUCCCCCUCUCAUAACCACCUACAUUUACUAGUUAAAGCAACAUUUUAAUGUAACUUAUGAUUUAGCCCUCAGAACCAAACUAAAUGAGAUGCCGUUUCUGCAAUUAAUUGAAUGAUUCGAUUUUUUCAUAUAAAAAGGUACCCAAUCCAGAUUGAGGCCCCCGUAUAUGCAGGUAGGAGGUUUUAACCCUUUGUCCACCAGUGCAAUCUUAGUCUGGAUCCCCCCCCCCACAACUGCUAUUUGGAUUGGAAGAAAAAUGUCCAGUCGUGCAAAUGAGAGCUUUUCUUCCCAAUGCAAGUAGCAGACACAAAUCUUCGUCAGAACUGCAGCAGGUGACAAAACGUUAAAGCCUCCUUCUCUGCCUACCCACUGCUACCAGGGUCCUGAUCCAGAUCAAGACCCCUGCAUCCAUACAUAAAGAAAUGUAUUGCGAUAAUCAACUGGCCUCUAAUAUGGUGAACUGCAAUUUCCACAAGAAGGGUGACCUUUCCUUUCAGCUGCUGGGAACAUUAGACUAUGUAACAUUACCCCAGCAAGGGACACCUGAAGUGUUUGUGUGCAGAAGAAAAACAACAUUAUGUAUGAAUCGCCCUUAGAAGACCAACCUGGAAACUUCUGCCCUACAUAUGACUCGGUUUCCCCCUGUGUAAAAUGGACUCUGAGCAUCAUAACUAAUGCAAUCACAAGACCCUUGAUUUACUUACAGAUUGAGGUUGGCACCCUGCCUCCUCCUACCAAGAGCUUGCCGGGGCCUCUGAGCACAACAACUGGGGCAACUGAAAUUCCACAAAAGAGCCCACCAACAUCCACGGCUGCCAGGCCUCAGGGACCAGGCCUGUUUGGGUCCAUAACAGAUCAGGGUGAGUAAAACACCGGCACUCAAAACCAUUAGUCUUUCUGCAUGAAACAAAAACUAAGGAUAAGGGUGGCAUAUGCUGCGCAGGAAAUUUCAGCAUGAAGCAGCUGGUGAAAUAUUGCCCCAGUUGUAAUGCUGGGGUCUCUUGAGGAAUGUGAAGCAUCUGUGUGUUUCUUCAUAUCCGUACAGGAUGGGUUCCUCAAUAGCUACAAUUCAUGACUGUUUGGAGUGCCAUGUUAGGCUUAAGGCAUCACACAAUACCUGAAGGCCCAAGGAAGGGAUGUUUUGUCACAUCUGGGAAUGAAAGGCUCCUUUAUUCUUUUGGGACCUUGCUGUGGUGAUAGCUUCCUUGUCUUUAGCUCAAAGGGGAGAAGUGAUGGUUAAAUAAGAAACAGUCUAAAAGCAACAGAUCACUAAAUAUUAAAAGCUUAUUGAAGUUGAACAUCUAGAAAUAAAUAAAUCACUAAACACCUGGUCAGCUUUGCCUGCAAAGCCCUAAACAAUCUGCAUAUAUUCGGCAGCAUCUGCUUCAGACUUGCUGUUUAACAUCAACAUGAAAACAUCGAGUUGGGUUAUCAGGGGUUUUGGAAUGCAGCUCUACUUCUCCUUCACAUCUGCAGGUGUGGCAGUAGAUGGACUGGACCAUUGUGUUGCCUCAGUGAUUAACUAGAUGAGAACCAACAAACUGAAGCUCAAUCCAGAUAAGGCUGAGGCACUGUUACUGGGUGGUUCCCAAGACUGGAUGGUUUCCUUCCUCUUGAUGGGGUUACAUUCCCUCUGAAGGAGCGGGAACUCAGCUUGGGGGUCCUUCUGAAUCCUUUGCCGUCACUUGAGGCUGAGGUGGCCUUGGUGGGAUGGAAUGCAUUCUAUCAGAUAGGCUGGUGGCUUAGCUUUGCCCCUAUCUAGACAGGGAUAGCCUAACAUCUGUUAUCUAUGCUCUGGUAACCUUUAGGUUAGACUACUGCAACACAUUAUACAUACCUCUGAAGACAGUUCAGAAACUUCAGCUGGUGCAGAAUUCAGCAGCCAGGUUGCUCACCUGGGCCUGACGGUUUGAACACAUUACACCAAUUCUGGCCCAACUGCACUGGCUGCCAAUUAGUUUCUGGGCCCAAUUCAAAGUGUUAGUUUUUACCUAAGCCUUAAAUGGCUCAGGGCCUCAAUACUUCAAGGACUGCCUCUUCCCAUAGGAAUCUACCUGGGCCUUGUGGUCAUCCUCUGAGGUCCUUCUUCAUGUGCCUCCUCCAUGAGAGGUCUGGAGGAGGCACACAAAUGGACACAAGAAUGGGCCUUUUCUGUGGUGGCUUCCCAUUUGUGAAAUGCUCUCCCCAGGGAGGCUCACCUGGCUCCUUCAUAACUGUGGGUGCUAGGCGAAAACUUUUCUCUAUAACCAGGUCUUUGGCUGAUUAAUAUUCUGUGGCCUUUUAAAUGUGUUUGUGGGACUAUUGAUUAGUUUUUGUUUUAUUGUGUAUUUUAUUAUGUAUUUUGUGUUCUCAUUUUGUAUUUUUCUGUUGUGAACCUCCCUGUGAUCUUCAGAUGAAGGGUGCUAUACCAAUGUAAUGAACAAUAUAUUAUGGUAAUAAGCAUCCUUCUUCCACCAUAAAACAAAAAAUUCUGUUCAAGUAAAGCCUGAUUUUUUCUUUUUUUCUUUUUAAGGGAAUGGUGCUGCUAGUGUUGUAUUUAUCUCUGCUGCCAGUUUUUAUAUCUUGCCUGGUUUAUUUUUGUAUUCCUUUGUUGUCCUUAUGUUGUUUUUUCAAACUGCAUGCCAGUUUUGAGUAUUUUAAUUGAUGGGAAAAGCAGCUCCCAUUUCUUUUGCUAAACAAACACACACUGUUGAACAUUUAAAAGAGGCGCCUGAUUCUUUUCACCUCAUCCCCUCUCUGCCCUAUGCCCAUCCAUCUAACAGAUGGAAAGAAAGCAAAAUUUGCUCUGCUUGUACAUUUAAAAAGCAAGCAGGCUUGGGCUCCUUAUUUGAGACAGGAGAGAAGCUUGAUAAAGGAGCUGCUCAGAAACAAACAGAAACGCCAGCAAAGCACCAAGACUUUAAUGAGCAGCGACGCAGCGAAAAUCGGACAGAGUAGCAAUUAGAUUAGUGACAAUUAAAAUCCUGUAGCGAGGGAUAAAUAUCUUUAUUCAUUUUCUGCCACUCUGAACUGGGACAAAUUAAGUAGUAGGCUGAGCGAAAUUGUUGGCUUUCUGCUUUGAACUCCUCCACUAAUAGAUUUGGAGUCUGUUUAGUCCUCUGAAUAAGAGGUUUUUUUAUUUUAAAUACUCAAGCAGUUUUAAUUGGUGCCUGGAAUCUUGUCACUUUGACUCUGCAAUGGGCUGUUGGCUCCAGACGUAACAGCAGCAAUGAUUUCUCAGUGCAAAAAUAACUCCCAUUUCCUUUCGGUUGGGUUUCUCUGAAUAUGAAAGGCCAAACAAAAUUCCUGGGGUAACACCAUAAGGUUAAUAAGGCAAUGUUGCACCCUUUGUAUUGGACUUGGCCCAGGCUGAUUCAUUGCUAAGCAGCUAUUUGGACUAGUGGUUUGUGAUUCGUCUCUUUAAUUGGAAUUGACUCAUUUGUUCCUCUUUUUUGCCUUUUAAAAGAACUUAGCACUCACUUGUGAACAGAGCCAAUCUGACACCCCACAUUUUCCAUAUCAGGACAUCACAAAAACUCGGCCUGCUGUUUGGUCGUCCCCUCACCUGAUAGCAAAAUGAGAAUGGCAGUUCCUUCUAUCCCAUGCCCACAGUUUUCAGAAAAUAUUUGAGUCUAGGAGAAAUAGCAGAUCUAUCAUUUACAUUUCAAUCUUACCUUUUCCUCAGGGAGCUCAAUGCAGAAUACAAGGUUCUGCCCCCUGUAUUAUCCCCACAACAAACCUGUGAGGCAGCCUAGGUUGAGUAAGUGUGACUGAGCAAGUGACUGGCUCAAGGUUACCUGGUGAGGUGCAUAGCAGAACCAUGUAUGCCAGUCCAAGCUCCUUUGGGAAAAGGUGGGGUAUAAAUAUAUACCAGUAUACCUGAAGGAGCGUCUCCACCCCCAUUGUUCAGCCCAGACACUGAGGUCCAGCUCCGAGAGCCUUCUGGCAGUUCCCUCACUGUGAGAAGUGAGGUUACAGGAUACCAGGCAGAGGACCUUCUCAGUGGUGGCGCCCACCCUGUGAAAUGCCCUCCCAUCAGAUGUUAUGGAAAUGAACAGCUAUCUGACUUUAUUGAAGACAUCUGAAGGCAGCCCUGUAUCAGGAAGUUUUCAAUGUGUGAUGUUUUGCUGUGUUUUUAUUUAUGUUGGAAGCCACUCAGAGUGGCUGGGGCAACCUAGUCAAAACGUGGUUACAAAGCAUGGAUCCACAUGGAUCCUCAGGAUCUUUGUGAUUAGCUACCCUAAACUCACACUGCCAACAAAAAGAUAUGUUCAGGAAUAAUAGGUUAGCCACAAAAAUGAUAAGGCAUCCACUGCUCAUCUAGACUUUUUCCCUUGUUUUCUCCUCUCUAAAACUAUAAGGAAAGAGGGUCAGGUGUAAGCAUUUGUUGGGGUGGGCCAGCUGUGGCAUAGUUGUAGUUUGUUGUAAUAAUACAAGUAUACAUUUUGUUUGUUUUAUUGCUAUGGCUGGUGGAUGAUGCAAAUAAAGAUUCAUUCAUUCAAUAUACACAAAUAAUAAAAUGAAUGUCCAGCUGACAGUUCACUAUGUUAUGGCUUUCAAAAGAGACAAAUGUUUGGCAAGAUUUUUCAGGUCAUGGGUAGUCAUGGACAUGUUGGAAAACUAGCCCCAUCUGGAGAGGCUGUCCCCUCUCCCUGCUCCCGGAGCUGGUUUACCGGUGAUCUGCCUCUGGCUGCGUUCCCAGACAGACCAGGGAGAUCUUGAUAUAGGCGACAUUUCCCAGCGUGGAAAAUGCACACCCCCUUCUCCCCCUUUCGCAGGGGAAAGAAGAAUAGUCAGAAAGUCCUUUUACGUAUUGUUUAUUUCUGACAUUAUAGCUCUACAGAAAACGUGUCCGAUCACUUCAGUUUCCAUCCAGCAAGUAAGUGACGAAGACUUCCUUUACAAACACAACAGGAAGGUCUCAUAUUACACACUGAGCAAAUUCCGGUGAACCACCCUGUGAACUGACUGUAACAUUCUUUCCCACAGUCAGCCCCAUCAUGUGAUUAUUUUCAAGCUACCAGUUUGCAGCUGCGUUGCUUUCAUAUCGUAACAUACUCCCCCAUAUGAAUCAAUGUUAGCUGCGAACAAAGCUUGAUCCAGAGAAGAAAACAAACAGUUGUUAUACAUGUAACAAUCCCCUGUUGUUUCAGUUCCACCCUUGGAACUACCCACCACUGGUUUCACCAGUGUAACUCUCUGGUUGUCUCUUUUCCAAGGAAUGAGUGCAUCUGCAUUACCUUGGCUAGGGAAUGUAGUGUUACGCUUAGCAACUCCCAGUUGUGUCUUUGUCUCUGACUUAGACACAGCUUUAACUUGUCUAGAGUUGUCAACAAUAGUAACACAUGCAACAGCUGAGUUAGCAAACUCUUGAGAAUACCUCUUGGGUGGUACGCCCUUUGUAACCCUCUCAGACCUGCGUAUGAGGUGCUGAUCCUCUUUGCUGACUGGUUCAUCCUCAGGACCUUUUGGAGAACUACGCCCAACAGUAAACAAUGGUUCAGUCACUUCUGGUUCAGCUUUAACCUGUGUAGGUCUAGACAUUGUGUGAGAACGUCUCUCAAUGACUGUGUCAACAGAACUCUCUGAGCUGUCUGUGUCACUGUCUGUACCAGAACAAUCAGAAAAAUCAGAAUCAUCAUCUGAAUUGUAAUCAGUGGGAAAUGUAUGAAAAACCCCUCUCUCUUGUCCAGGAGCGUUCUCUAGAAACUUUGUGAGAAUCACUUGACCAGAUUCAGACAAAAUUACUCUGUAGAGACCCUUUUCAUAACCCACAAAAAUGCCUUUUGCAUUCUUAACUCCACCUGGAGCUUCUGUCUUUACAUGAGAUCCAAAAACCUUAAAAUGUGCUACAGAAGGUUUUCUAUGGAACAGCUUCUCAAAAGGAGAACUUUCCAUACCUUUUGAAACCUUUCUCACCCAAGUGUAACAAAAACAAGAUAAAGAUUCAGCCCAAAACUCAUGUGGCAAAUGUGAACUCAGCAAUCGUGCCUUCAUGCCAUCCUGCAAUUCUUUGUUCACUUUUACACAAAUACUUUUGUGCCAUGCAGCUUCAGAAACAGCAACCUUGUGCUUUAUCCCUUGUUUCUCCAGGAAAUCUUGAAAAUCCUGUAAAAGAAAAACUGGCUUUUCAUCUGUGAAAAGACAAUCAACAUUAGCAUCAUGAACAUUCUUAACCUUAUCACAAAACUCCUGAAACCUUGUUAAGGCUUAUUUGGGCCUCUGCAAAAUGUAAAUCCAUACAUAAUGAGAGAAAUGAUCAACACAUACAAGAUAAUAUUUAGCAUUGUCUCUAGAUGGUGCUAGAGGACCAAUUACAUCAGCAUACACUCACUGAAAAACUCUGUUAACCUUCUGUGUCUUCUGAUCCUUGACGUCUUUCGUCACACCUGCAAGAGAAAUCAUGUUAGACUCAGAUGCAGUACAAUUAUUGUAAUCUUUCUCAUCAUAAGUCAACAGAUACAGUCCACCUUUCUCUCUGGCAGAAAGAUACAGCUCUCCAUCUUUGAAGAUUUUGCAGCUUUCCUUAUCAUAGGACAACACCAGUCCUUUCUUUGUUAUCUGCGAAACACUCAGCAGAUUGAACUUUAAAUCAGGAACAAAAUACACAUUGCUUAUAGUCAAGUUCAGGCUUUCCAGAUACACAGUCCCAAAUCCGGUCGCUGUGAUCUCCUGACCAUUGGCCUGUUUCACAGUGAAGCUUUGCUUCUCAAACGUAGAAAACAAUUCCCGGCGUGAUGCCAUGGGCUGGGUGCAACCUGUGUCCAAACAAAGGCGUUUUCCACUGAUGAUGUGGCUUUUAGCGACAUCAAAACCUUAGCUGGUUGUGCCUGGGACUUGGCUUGACCUUUGCUUGAAGCCUCCCUCUAGCUCCUUUCUGUUGACAUGGCUUCUUACAGUUCCUCUGAAUAUGCCCAGGCUGUCCACAAUUGUAACAACGAACAACGUUCAGAGCUACUGCCUGCUCUUCUCUAUCAAUAGCAGUAGGGGCGCUACAACUCCGAGCCUCACUCCCCCUGUCAGCAACAUCCAUUGCAGCAAGAACAGGAACAGCAACAGUUCCUUCAUUCCCCCUUUGGGGCUCAAAGCUCCUCCCAGCUUUCGAUGAGCUCUCAAGAAUCUGGCCAGCGCCAUCUUGGCUCUCCCCCUCUGGUGCAGCCAACUCUCGGCCCUUGCUUCUCACUCCAGCUUCACAAGCUUUCCGGAGUUUCUGAGAGAACAGAGCCAUCUUAAUUCCAAGUUUCAGCUUUCAGCUACGAGCUGAAAACUCCAAAAGCCUAUUGGGCUGUUCACUAGCUGCUUGCACCUGGCAGCUAGCCUAGCUGCUUGGAAAGUCCCUUCCAAGAGUCUGUAAACAACAAGCCUUCGCUGCAAUUCCAACAGCUCUUUGCAGCCUCCGAGCUAAUUUUACUGCUCCGGCUUGUUUCUCCUUGCUUUUGAAGCUAACAAAAAAUACUCACGUUUUGUCGCUUAGCAACGGCAGUUAUGUUCUCCCCUGGAAUGUGAAGAAUGUGGCUCUUUCUCUGCCUGUUCUAAUCCAAAACACGGCAGUUUCCCAGUGAACCGGAGAAUUUUCAAUCCGCGCACACGAUCCAGCCAUCAAUCAGCUUCUGUCAGGGGUCCGUGGAAUGUAGCCUAUCAGCAAAACACGUCUCCACCGGGUGCUUAGCCAUCUGUAGCCGUUACUUUGCAGCUUCCAUCCGCUUGCUACCACAUGUUGCAGAGGAUGUUUACGAUCCAUCGACCUCCAUUCUGCUACCACAUGUUGGAAAACAAGCCUUGUCGGGAGAGACUGGCAACUCUCCCAGACUCCCGGCUUAUUUACCAGUGACCUCCCUGGCUGCAAUCCCCGCAAUUCCAGAAUAGGUCUCAAUAGGCGACAUUUCCCAGUGUGGUAAAAUGCACACCCCCUCCCUCCUUGCUUCCCUAGCAGGGAAAGGAGAUAGCCAGAAAUCUAUUUACAUCUCUUUAUUUCUGACUUUGCAGCUCUACAGAAAACGUGUCCGAUCACUUCAGUUUCCAUCCAGCAAGUAAGUGACGAAGACUUCCUUUACAAACACAACAGGAAGGUCUCAUAUUACACACUGAGCAAAUUCCGGUGAACUGCCCUGUGAACUGACUGUAACAUUCUUUCCCACAGUCAGCCCCAUCAUGUGAUGUUUUCAAGCUACCAGUUUGCAGCUGCGUUGCUUUCAUAUCGUAACAGGACAUACUGGAGAAUUCUCAGGAUCGGUUUAGCAAACAAAGGAACACAGUAAAAUGCAACAUCAUUUCAAUUAAAAAAGUAAUACCAGAAACAAUGCAUGAUGGGAAAGUAUGAUGUGUAAAUAGAAAAAUGGAAAAUGCAUUAAAAAAAAAAGUAAUACCAAAAUGUGAGCACUUAAAGAAUGGAUGUGUCCAGUAGCUCUAAUCCUCUAAAAAUUAAAUGUUUGUCUUAUUCCUUAAAGCAGAGAUAGGGAAGUUGUGGCCUUCCAGAUGUUGUUGAACUCCACCUCCCUCUGAGCCCUUGCCAUUAUGGCCAAUGCUUAGGAAUGGUGGAAACUGUAGCUCAACCACUAGCAGCCCAAAUGGUGAGGCAGAGCUACAGAGCCAGCCUCUUGACAAUGGUGUUGCUCAGCUUACCUGGGCAGUGCUGGGGUGAGGCAGCAUGGCCAGGAUGUGGAUACCCCAGCUAGAGCACCCAAUUUCCUCUGCUGGUGUGUUUGUGCAGCCACAAUCACACCACCACCCUGGCCCAUCCCAGUGUAAUCCAGGUUAAGCUGUAUCAAUGCUGACCUCAGGAGAGUAGCUCUGUGGCUUUGUCCCACCACAUAUCUCAUUACUGGGUUCAGCAACGAUAUCUCCAUCUCUGUGCAGGGCCAUUCCUAAACUCUUUCACUGAUCAGGCCCACAUUAACUAGCACUCUCUACCCUGUCUCUAGGUCUUCCCACCUGUUUGGUCUGUGUGUGCAUCAGCACCUCUGUGUACUGUGAUGACUCUGAUCUAGAACACAUCCCACCUCUGCCCUUGGAGACCACAUAUUUCUAUGCCCGCUUCAACCACAUCAGCAAGAUUCAGGCCAGUGACUUCACCGGACUUGGUAUGCUAUGCUCCUUAGGGCUUCUGGUUACAGUUCUCACACUUGCAAGCUGCUUCACCCCAUCUAGGCAGCCUUGUCUGUUACAAGCAAAGUCACCUGUGCAACUCUCUGCUCUUCCUCUCCACUCUCCUGAGGGUGAAAUGGGUAAUGUGUUUGCCACACGCUUGUCUCGGAAGUGGGUAUCUGAAUACCAGAGUCUGUUUUCACACUGGCUCUUAUUUCAUAAUGCAAUCUGACAGAAGAUUGGGUCGUUGCCAGAUUGCAAGCCAAGAAUCUGACCCAAUCAGGCCCUGUUUUCAAUGGAAGCAGCAGUGGUAAAGGAAUUUGGUUUUGGGCAUGUCACCACAAAUUCUGCGACGUGGUGAAAGACACAUAGAGCUGGCACAGCAUAGGCUAAAUUCCUACAGGCUUGCCCUGUGGCUAUCAAAUGUUAAAUGGAUGUGUGAACAGGCUGAAAGUGUGCUGGAAAAUGUGAAUGGGAUGAAUCUGGGCAAAAUCUGGGUUGCAGUGAGCAUGACAUAAUUGCUGCACUACCUGGAACGAUAUCCACCUUUAUUAUGUGCUAUCACAAUGGAUUCUGCAGUGAUAACCGUGAGUUGAGUUACUAGUCUGGGCGUGUGAGGAAGCAAUCACACAAAGCCAGUUUCACUGUUCAUCGGGACAUAACCUGGUUACAUUCAUCCCAUCCUGGUAGGAUUUGAGUGAACUCACCCUUUGAUCCCCAAGUCCAUUAACAACUGGGCAACCAUUUUGAGUUCCAACCAUAUGUAAAACAAAUAAAGAUCUCAAAUAGUAGUCAUAUGAGCACCAAACUAUUCUCUCUUGCACAGCCUGAUAUUAAUUUGACUCCUGUCGUAUAUGAUCUUUAGUGCACAAAUUAUGUGUACAGUAUUUUUCGCUCCAUAAGACACACUUUUCCCCUCUUAAAAUCUCAGGGGAAAUGUCUGUGCGUCUUAUGGAGCGAGUGUGGUCCCUGGGGCUGGGGCGGGGGACCCGGGCUUUCCCCGCCAGCCUCAACCUGCUCUUUGGGGGUGGGGGAAAGCCGGGCUUCCCCCACCGCCAGCCCCGGGGAGCAGCGGGGAGCCUGGAGCAGCCUUUCCGCUGCUCCCCGACCUGCUCUUUGGGGCUAGUGGUGGGGGAAAGCCAGGCUUCCCCCCACUGCCAGCCCCACAACCUCAGGGAGCAAUGGGAAGGCUGCGCACAGCCUUUCCGCUUCUCCCUGACCUGCUCUUUGGGUCUAUAUGCAAAAGAAAACCUUAGGACUUUUGCUUCUUCUGCAGCCAGGUGCCAGCAUAUGUAAGGCACAAAGGCUUCCUCAUGUUCAUGGUUGCAAAGCAUUAGCCCCAAAUAACUGUGGCCCAAAUGAUUUUUUUCUUUCUUAACAAAUAAAUAUGUCAGGAUCUGGAGAUGGAAAAGACUGCCCAAUUUCUGCCAGGCACAUACAUUUGAGACCUUGUAAUACACUAUUCUCAGCCAGUGGAAAGCCUCAAGAGGAAUGUAGUUUUCACCUUUGAAGGUUUUGAGCCAAUACCAAAAGAAAAGGCUGGCAUUUUGCUAGCAUCUCACACUGUUUAAUACCAGGGGAAACUGGUAGAAGAGAACAUGUUCACUUCACAAAGCCUGUCAGCUGUGCAGUUCCUGGGCUGCGUGUUGAAAGCAAGUUGUUUUGUGAGAAAUCAGUGUCAGAACAGCUAAUUUCAUUUUGAUUCUUUAAAAAAAAAAGAAGAAGUCGUCAUAUUCAAUUCUGGUGCAAUAGAACUUUCUCUUCUUCUCGUGCCUUUUCCAGCCCCUUGUCUGCCCACCCUCCAAAUCAGCUUAGGAGAAAUUGGGGUACUCUUAAGAGCAGAUUUGUGGGGAGGAGAGGAAAAGAAGGCCUCAUUGUACCAGUGGAAACGCUGGCACAACACUGGAUACAAUCCUGUUACAAUACCAGAGGGCUCAAUAUUUCAGUCCACCCCAUCAAAGCCCUAGAGAAAGACAAAUACAACCAAACAUGUCAAAAAGAGGAAGUGAUCCUAUUUGGGGCUGAAUCUGUGUUACACUCCUGCACCAAAGAGAUCCCAGAUUCUAGUUGCAGCUCCCAAAUGUUGAGAGAGGAGUGUAUCCUGCACAUUUGCUUUUAUCUUACGUUUUGUGCAUGCAUUGAAGCAGCCUUUCAGUGGCAUGUUUCUUUAGCUGUUUUUAUUUUCUUUAAAUAGCAUAUAUGUACUCCAGUGCUGGUGUUCAUAGUAAUAUUGUAAUUAAAACAACAGCACCAAACCACAGGUGGCAUCUGCGAAAUUGACAAUUUCCCCCUAACCUUGUCAGUUCACCAGAGAUCACUGCAACGAGUGUGUGUGUGUGAGGGGAGGGAGGUGGGUUGAACAGGCAAGUGAUGCAGAAAUGGGUUUGUACAGGGGCUAUCAUCAACUACCAAUGCGAAAGUGCAUCCCAGUCUACUCUCACUCUCUUGGAAGGGAUGUGUGGAAACACUAUGGUAGUGAUGUGCAUUAACUGAUUUCCAAGUGAUCACCUGUGAUUUGGCUCCCAAAACUAUUUUUUUCACAGAAAAAUUGAAACGAAUUGACCUCACGAGCAACUUUAUUUCCUGGGUGGAUGAAGACGCUUUCAGGAUGCUGCCUUCCUUGCAAGAGCUUGUCCUCCCUGAAAACCAAUUGACUUCCCUGCCUGAGUUGCCCAGUUCCAUUGUGCAGCUGGAUGCCCGCUUUAAUGCAAUCCAGAGUGCAGGCAUUCAACCGGAAGCCUUCAAGGUGAGCAUCUCUCAAAUGCUGCAAGGCCUAGAUUAAGACCCCUUCCACUAUUUUUUUCUGCUGCUUUUUUGAUUGUUCUCAUUCCGUAUUGGUAAGAGAAGGUUGUUCUACAUGGAUGUUCUGCAUCAUUUCACAAGUGUUUUGGGGUGGGGAGUGGGGACAGACAACGUGAGUGAAGCAUUCACAUGAUCUAGGGUACAAAGUGAUUGCCCCUGGUGUUGUGGACCUCUUAAUGGACCUGAGCUAUAGAGGCUGAUCAAUCUCGUUGAUUGCCGCUACUUGCCAUGUCACUGAGUCACUACAGCCCUACCUGGGAUUUGGGCGAAUUAUCACCAGGUUUGAGCCCUCUCCUUGAUUUGCUUUAGAACAGGAGUAAGCAACGUGGGGUCCUCCAGAUGUUCUCCCAACUCCCAUCAGCCCCAGGCAGCAUAACUGAUUAUUGGAGGUGAUGUCUAGCAAUAUCUGGAGGGCAUCACUUUGGCUGCUCAUGCUUUAGACAUUAACCAUUGGUGAUGAACCCAGCAGUGGAAUUCUGGAAGGUCUGGGGAUGGGGCUCCCUUAUUAUUACCUUGUAAGGUAAAGGUAAAGGUAAAGGUAAAGGUACCCCUGCCCGUACAGGCCAGUCGUGACCGACUCUGGGGUUGCGCGCCCAUCUCGCUUAAGAGGCCGGGGGCCAGCGCUGUCUGAAGACACUUCCGGGUCACGUGGCCAGCGUGACGAAGCUGCUCUGGCGAGCCUGCACCAGAGCAGCACACGGAAACGCCGUUUACCUUCCCGCUAUAAAGCGGUACCUAUUUAUCUACUUACACUUAGGAGUGCUUUCGAACUGCUAGGUGGGCAGGAGCUGGGACCGAACGACGGGAGCUCACCCCACCGCGGGGAUUCGAACCGCCGACCAUACGAUCGGCAAGUCCUAGGCGCUGAGGUUUUACCCACAGCGCCACCUGCGUCCCAUUAUUACCUUGAGGUCUCUGCAUUUAACCUUUUGUCUAUGUUUUAUGCUAACAAACAAAAAAACACAAUAUAAAGCUGUAGAAAAUCAAUGUUCAUUGGUACUACAUCCUAUGUAACAGAUGUUUAGCAGGCUCCAGAGCACCCAAGACUUUUUGUCAUCUGUUUGUCUCUUUGCCUGGGUGCUUAAAGGUAAGAAGGCAGUCAUUUCUAUUCCAACCUGUUCAUAAUUUUAUUCAUAAGAGUUUAUUCAUAAAAAGCAGCAUUGUUUCUUUUCUGCUGCAGUUCAUUCCCAGCAUCUUGCUGUCUGUUUGCUAUUUUUCAUAAGUUCUGCCAUAAUUAUUGUUGCUAUUAUUGAUUCCACACCUGCACUUGCUAAUUGAGGCAGAGGUGGGGCAGUGGUUAAAUCCUAUUAGGUUGGCUGGGUGCUUAGAGGUUUGCCAGAGAAAGCAGGAUUUGAACACACAUACACACACCAUCACAGCUCCUGAACAGGUAGAUAUGCAAACUGUAGCAAUAUCUGCUCCAAUGGCUGCUUAGGAUGGAAUUCUCUGACAUCCUUAUGAGGAACCACAAUUUGAUGUAAUAUUUUGGGUUCCUCCUAUCAUCUGUGGAGGCCCAGCUUCCUGUUGGGUUAGAUUUUUACCCCUGCAUGAACCCUUAGCUGCUUUGUCCUGGAUUUCAAUCUGCUAGGGCCUAGCCCAGCUGACUUCUUUGGAAAACUCACAUUUCCAUUGAAAAUCCUGGGACGCCUCACUUGAACACUCAAGGAGGCAAAGGGCUGAUAGUCCUUCCUUCUGCUUUCAGGAUCUGAAGAAGCUGGAGUUCCUUCAUCUGUCUGACAACAAACUGGACUACAUCCCCAUGCUGCUGCCUGAGAGACUGAGGUCUUUGCAUCUACAGGUGAGAGAGUGACGAUGAACUCUUUAAAUGAGAGAGAGAGGACACCAACAGCCAAAGCACAAGCCUCUGAGAGACUCAGUCGUUUGCCGCUCAUUUCCUUUCAGAUUACAGUGGUACCUCAGGUUACAUAUGCUUCAGGUUACAGACUCCACUAACCCAGAACUUUGCUUCAGGAUGAAAACAGAAAUCGGGUGGCGGCAGUGGGAGGCCCCAUUAGCUAAAGUGGUGCUUCAUGUUAAGAACAGUUUCAGGUUAAGAACGGACCUCCAGAACGAAUUAAGUUCUUAACCAGAGAUACCACUGUUAAAAAGCAAGGAGCAGUUAUAAUGUGGGCUCAUGCAUUAUCUUUGCCAUUAUUUCUCUAAUUGCAUGUGAUCUGUACCUACCAAUAUUCUUUCCCUGUCUUGCAAUUGCGACUGAACCCUAAAUGGGGUCUCUUGCCAACCUCCAUGACCAACGCCAUGCCCCGCAAGAGACCUGGAUGCAUUCAAUCAGACCCUAAGUGUUUUGAAGUCCAUGUCCACCCUGGACUAUACUGGUGAAGGCCCUUUCCAGUUAGCUAUCAUGCCCCCCAAGGAUUGCUGAUUGGUCUGAACAAGGGAAAACACUAAUAACUUCGAGCCUCUUCUUGAUCUAUGAGUGUUGGUGAUUCCGCCCCCCGCACUCUCCUCCACCAGCCCCAUCUGGUGAUCGUCUUCGCUUCUCAAUUUCCUUCCCUAGAACAACAACAUCCAGACCAUGCACGUAGACACGUUCUGCGACAGCAGGGACCACAGCCACAUCCGCCGGGCUCUGGAGGACAUCCGCUUGGACGGCAACCCCAUCAACCUGAGCCUCUACCCCAGUGCUUAUUUCUGCCUGCCUCGCCUGCCCACAGGCCGCUUCUACUGA